AUGAUUUGGACCACGGGGUGGGGAAUCUUGUUUGGCGUUUGGCGCUCGAAGCAGUGGAUGCGGAUGCCGAUGAUGAGUGCCAGCCCCUUCGGCCUUCCGCAGAGGUCUGCCGGCUAUUCACGCCCAGUCAGGCGGUUUAUGAAAACCUUUGGACAGAACAAAGGCAUCUUCCAACAAAUUAGGAGGGACAAGCACGACUUGGCUCAGCCCGCAUCGGUGGUGUCCGUUGGUGGGGUUCCUCAGUGGUUAUUUGGGCUGAGGAUAGCCAUCAGCGGCAGUCGGCCAUCCCUUCAGCUCCUGACCAGCCAUCUGCUGCUGGCCAGGCCCGACUUGAAGGAAAUGGCGGCGCUGGCCUCCAGCCAUCUUUUCCUCCAGCAGAAUUUAGACGGCUGGCUGGGCUCGAUCCGCCUGGCACACGAGCCCAUUCGUCCUUAA